AUGGCUGCUCUGAAGAACAAGAUCCGCCGCAUCGGCAAGAGGAAGGGCGCAACCCUGAAGGAUGUCAGCGCGUGGCGCUGGAUCAAGACGGCGGCCCGCCACUUCAAGCAGGAGGGCAAGAUCUUUGUGCCGAACUGCACCGAGCUCAUCAAGAGCUCCCACGGCCGCGAGCGCGCUCCGCAGAACCCGGACUGGUACUAUGUCCGCUGCGCCGCCGUCCUUCGCGCCAUCUACCUGCGUCCUGGCGUGGGUUACGGUGGUCUAAGCAAGCGCUUCGGCAACAAGAAGAACUACGGCAGCCGCCCCGAGCACACCGUCAACUCCUCUACCGGCCCUCUCCACUGGGCCUGCAAGUCUCUGACGAAGCUUGGGCUUGUGGAGCCUGGUGCGCAGUCUGGUCAGCGUCUGACCCGCAAGGGUCACAAAUUCGCUGAUUCCCUGGCCUUUCAGGUCCAGAUCCGCAAGUUCGGUGCUAGCAAGUAA